CAUAAACUUAGCCUCUACCAUUACCGGUUCACUCACUUGUUAUCCAUCGUUUUAGACCGUUCAUUAAAGAACAAAGUUAGCAAAAUGGAGCUUCCCUCUCGUCCUCUUGGCCGCCAGCACAGCAAGUCUCAAUCCGCCUUUGCUUUUGACACUACUGCUACUAGUAUUGCUGCUAGUACUAUGAAAAAUGAGUUGAAUCAUCUUACUGGAACUGUCAAAGAUCCUGAAACUAAGAAUGCUUUCAAGAAGGAGAUGGACAACUUCUUUAGCUUGUUCAACCGCUACUUGCAAGAGAAUGCUAAGGGUACUGAGAUUGACUGGGAUUUGGUCAAAUCUCCUAAACCUGAGCAAGUCGUUGAAUAUGACACCUUGAGUGAUACUACUCUUACUCGUGACUACUUGAACAAGCUGGCUGUCUUAAAGUUAAACGGUGGUUUGGGUACUACGAUGGGCUGCGUUGGUCCCAAGUCUAUCAUUGAAGUUCGUGAAGGAAACAGCUUCUUGGAUUUGUCCGUUCGUCAAAUUGAGCACUUGAAUAGAAAAUAUAAUGUGAAUGUCCCUUUUGUCUUGAUGAACUCUUUCAACACUGAUGAGGCUACCGCUAAACUCAUUAAGAAAUAUGAAGCACAUAAGAUUGAUAUCUUGACUUUCAACCAAUCUCGUUUCCCUCGUGUUCACAAAGAGACUUUGCUUCCCGUUGCUGACUCAUUUGAUUCUCCCAUCGACCAAUGGUACCCUCCUGGUCAUGGUGAUGUUUUUGAAGCACUUACAAACAGCGGUAUUAUUGACAAGCUUCUUGCUGAAGGUAAGGAAUACUUGUUUGUCAGCAACAUCGACAACUUAGGUGCCGUCGUGGAUUUGAACAUCCUUAACCACAUGGUUGAAACGAAGGCCGAAUAUAUUAUGGAAUUGACCAACAAAACCAAGGCUGACGUUAAGGGUGGUACAUUGAUUGACUAUGAUGGUAACGUUCGUUUGCUUGAAAUUGCCCAAGUUCCUUCUCAACAUGUAGAGGAAUUCAAGUCCAUUAAGAAGUUUAAGUACUUCAAUACCAACAAUCUCUGGUUCCACCUUCCUUCCGUCAAGCGUGUCGUUCAAAACCAUGAGCUUUCAAUGGAAAUCAUUCCUAACAACAAGACUAUUAAGCACAAGGGCGAAAAUAUCAACAUUAUUCAAUUGGAAACUGCUGCUGGUGCUGCCAUUCGUCACUUCAAGAACGCUCAUGGUGUUAACGUACCUAGAAGACGUUUCUUGCCUGUUAAGACUUGCUCUGACCUGCUCCUUGUCAAGUCUGAUCUCUAUUCUAUUAACCAUGGUCAAUUGGACAUGAACCCUCGUCGUUUCGGUGGCUCUGCUCCUCUUGUUAAGUUGGGUACUCACUUCAAGAAGGUUGCUGAUUUCACCUCCCAUAUUCCUAGCAUUCCUAAGAUUUUGGAAUUAGAUCAUCUUACGAUCACUGGUAAUGUUAACAUUGGCCGUAAUGUUACUCUUAAGGGUACUGUUAUUAUUGUUGCUAGUGACGCUAAUACUAUCGAUAUUCCUAAUGGUUCUGUCCUUGAAAACUGUGUUAUUACGGGUAACCUCAACAUCCUUGAACAUUAAAGUUCUUUUUUCCUUAUUUGCAUUAAGUCAUUGCUUGCAUGGAUUUUCAUGUUUAUGAUUAGCUUUUGUCAUGAAGUUUUCCUUUAGUUCUAUUGUAAAUUACUGUUGUUCACUACGUUAGCAAGAAGAUGACGAUAUAUGAUUUCUUUACGUUCUUUCUACGAUUUGCUCACAGAAAUACUUAGAAGUGUUCAAUUUAUUCUUAUUUCAUGUAAUCUAAAAAUGUGUCUAGUCAAA